GUGUAGGAUUUGACUCCAGCUGGGAGAGCAGGGGAGAGGAGCGUGUUCAACAAUACACGCAUUCAAAACACUCGCAUGUCCACGUCGCUAUUCGUGGAUCUGUCACGGGAAACUAUUUCAUCGAUUUCUUGUAACUUUUAAAGCUUUUACCUAAUUGCGUUUUUCGUAUAUCAAACAAGGAUAUUUCGGCAGCGUCAUGGGAAUUGGGAAGUUUACCGGCUGCGCUAUGGAAUAGCUCAAGUCGUGGAUCCGAUGUGUUUUCUUCAGUAUCAGGCAGAAAUACGAGCUAACUUGGAGAGACGUGGAGAGGUUUAACUUCAUACAGACAUUCCUCCUUUUUGCUUGCUUUGAGUUUGAUUCAAAGUUAUUAAGAGGCAAGAUGGCGGCCGAUUCCGUGCAGGGUGACACUCGGGGUCAGAUGGUUUCGGAACGUCUGGGUCUCGGCCAUAAUCUGGACCUCUCAGACACUAUGGUCCAACAAAAGUUGGAGGAGAUCAAGGAUCAGAUAAAACGAGAGAUCCGCAAAGAGCUGAAGAUCAAAGAAGGAGCCGAGAACCUGAGGAAGGUGACCACAGAUAAGAAGAGUCUGGCUUAUGUGGACAACAUGCUUAAAAAGUCCAACAAGAAGGUGGAGGAACUGCAUCAGGAGCUUCAGGAACUGAACGCACAUAUAGUGGUGAAGGACCCAGAGGAGGUCUUAGAGUACCCACUAACCCCAGACACCCCCAAGAGUGAAGCCCGGACGUCCACCAACAAUAGCCGACUGGCCGCUCUGAAGAAACAGGCCGACAUCGAGCUCAAAGUGAAACAGGGAGCGGAAAAUAUGAUACAGAUGUAUUCCAACGGCUCUUCCAAGGACCGCAAACUGCUCGCAGCAGCUCAGCAGAUGCUUCAAGACAGCAAGACAAAGAUAGAGUUCAUUAGAAUGCAGAUCCUUAAAGCCAGCCAGACCAGCGAGAUGAACUAUGAGAACAAUGAUGCAGUAACUUCAAGCAAGCCUAUCAUCAGUCCCCUGGACCUGAGGAUAGAAGAGUUACGACAUCACUUCCGGAUAGAGUCUGCUGUGGCAGAGGGUGCCAAAAACGUGAUGAAACUGCUUGGAACAGGGAAGGUGACGGAGAAGAAAGCUCAUUCAGAGGCUCAAGCCCGCUUUAAUGAGUCCAGUCAGAAACUAGACUUGCUGAAGUUCUCUCUGGAGCAAAGACUCAGUGAAUUGCCCAAUAAUCACCCGAAGGGCAAUCUGAUUAUGGAGGAGUUAGCCAUGGUGUCCUCCCCACCUCUCAGUCCACGCCAAAGCAUCAUGUCCACCAGCAACCAGUACAGCACUGUGGCCAAACCUGCAGCUCUGACCGGCACAUUAGACGUGAGGCUCAUGGGCUGUCAGGACCUCCUGGAGAACGUCCCGGGUCGCUCAAAGACAGCAGCUGUUCCUCUACCCGGCUGGAGCCCCAGUGAGGCACGCUCCUCCUUUAUGAGCCGAGGAAACAAGAACAAAUCUGGCAGUACCCGAACCCUCUCCAAAUCCGAUGAUCUGUCCAAUGAAAUCGGUGCCGUUCUGAAGCUGGACAACACAGUUGUGGGACAGACCCAUUGGAAGCCAGUCAGCAAUCAAUCUUGGGACCAGAAGUUCACACUUGAACUUGAUCGGUCUCGUGAACUGGAGAUAGCUGUGUAUUGGAGAGACUGGCGUUCACUGUGUGCUGUUAAGUUUUUACGUCUAGAGGACUUCCUGGACAACCAGCGUCAUGGCAUGUGCCUCUACCUGGAACCACAAGGAACACUGUUUGCUGAGGUUACAUUUUUUAACCCAGUUAUUGAGAGGCGACCUAAACUACAAAGGCAAAAGAAAAUCUUCUCCAAACAGCAAGGUAAAACGUUCCCGCGUGCCCCUCAGAUGAACAUUAACAUCGCCACCUGGGGCAGGUUGGUGAGAAGAGCCAUUCCGUCAAUCAAUAACUCCUUCAGUCCUCAGGCGGCUGAUCUGGGCUCAGCAUUUAGCCCUGAAAUGGCACCCAUCGGCCACCCAGACGCCCACUCCCUACCCAGCGACCCCACUGUGACCAAAUUAGACUUUGAUAAAGCUGCCACCCCUCCCUCAAAACGGCACUCCAUCGAUGUGGAGAUAGAGGAAACAGAACCAACGGAUAAGAUCCAAGAUAGAAAAGAGGUCCAGGAUGCCCUAGCGACCUUUGACUUCCUGAACAACACAGUAGCUAAACCAGAUUAUGACAGUCUGGUUGAAAAUGAGCAGCCUGACCUGGAACUGACUGCAAUUCAACGAAAAACUGAAAUAAGGGAAGAAGAGGAAGUUCAAUUCAGUUUGACAGACUUCAAAUGUAUAGCUGUUCUGGGGCGUGGCCACUUUGGAAAGGUUUUACUUGCUGAGUACAAGACCACUGGAGAAAUGUUUGCCAUUAAAGCUUUGAAAAAAGGUGACAUUGUUACAAGGGAUGAAGUGGACAGGUAAAGGCUAUACAUGUGUGUUUAA